AUGAACGAAAUCGAUUUUGAAGAAUGUCUAAAAGAUUCUCCUACUUAUCGAAAUCAACUUCGACAAGCAACAAAUCAUAUCGAUAUGUUAGAAGAUCGGCUCGAACAAAUGGCAAAGUCGUGCAAUUCUGUAAUUAAUAUUGGAAAAACAUUUGUACAAGAAUUUCAAAAAUUUCUUAAAUGUAUUUAUGAUGUUCGUGAAUUAUUUUCUUCCGAUGAUGUAACUUAUAAAAGUUUAGCAAAAUUUGGUGAAUAUUUACGUGAAAUACAAGGACUUUUUUCCGGUUUAUUUGAACAAACAACAAAUAGUGUAUUGAGAACAUUAACACGAAUGGUAAAAGAAGAUAUAAGAAAAGUUAAAGAUCAAGGAAAAUUAUUUGAACGUUUAAGUUCAGAUUAUGAUAUUGCCUUACAAAAGAAUGCGGAUGCAUCAAAAACUAAACCUCAUGUUUGUGAAGAUGCAAGUAAAAUUUUAUUAGCAACACGUAGCUGUUUUGGUCAUACAUCCAUAGAUUAUACAUAUCAAAUAAAUGUAUUAUAUAAUCAACAUAAAGUUGAAUUAGUUGAAUUAUUAUUAUCAUAUAUUAAUAUUCAUAAAGCAUUUUUUCAUCAAGGACAUGAAUUAUUAUCCAUAGAUACUGAAAGAGAUUUUACUACAAUAACAUCUCAAUUAUCAAAAAUGCGCCAAGAAAAUGUUCAAAAACAAAAAAAUCUCGAAAAAAUCCAUGAUAUUAAUCAAAGAAGAUGUAAUCUAGACGAUAAUCGAAAUGAUGAAGCACCAAUAGAAAGUACUUUAUCUGUGCCUAAAGGAAGUUUACCACGAAAUCCAUCUCAACAAAGUCUAUCGAAUAAUUCUAGUACAUCAGCAAAUGUUGAAUUAAAUAGAGAAGGUUAUCUUUUUAAACGUUCGCAUAAUAAAUUUAAAACAUGGAGCAGACGUUGGUUUAUAAUUCGAAAUGGUCAAUUACUUUAUAUGAAACGUAAUAAUGGAAAUUCAACAAAUGAUAGUUCUCAACCACAAUUACCCCAAUCGACUAUGGUACCUGAUUUACGUUUAUGUACGAUUCGUCCAGUUAAUGAUAAUGAUCGUCGAUUCGUUUUUGAAAUACUCUCGCCAAAUAGUUCUCAUCUUCUUCAAGCUGAUUCUCAACUUCAAUGCGAUCAAUGGGUUAAUUCGUUACAAUUAGCAAUAAGUAAUUCAUUUAAGUCACCAAAUGGUGGCAUUCAAAAUUCAGCUUCGUCAUCACCAAAAUCAUCAUAUGAUGAUAAUUCAAAUACAAUUUUAACAGAAAAGACUAAACUGAAACAGAAAAUGAUUAAAGAUAAAAUUGAUGAAGUACGUUCUCUUCCUGGUAAUGAAAAAUGUUGUGAUUGUGAUGCAGAUGGACCUGAAUGGGCAUCAAUUAAUCUAGGCAUUUUACUUUGCUUGAAUUGUGGUGGUGCUCAUCGAGGUCUUGGUGUAAGUCUAUCAAAAGUUCGUUCAUUACAUAUGGAUUCAUGGGAUUUAGAAACAUUACUUGUUAUGUCUGAAUUGGGUAAUACAGUUGUGAAUGAUAUUUAUGAAGUAAAAAUAUCAAAUGGAAUGCAAAAACCUAAUGCUGAAACAGAUGCUGUUGCUCGUCGUGCAUUUAUCGAAGCAAAAUAUGUUCAAAAAGCGUUCUUACAUCCACUACCAUCAGCUAGUCAAGCACGUGCAUCGACUCGUAAGAUUAAGCGAUGGAUUAUUAAGAAAAAUUCAAUAGCCAAUGAUACAGACGAUGAUACAAUCAAAACACCUAAUCGUCAGUUAAUGACAAAAAGAACAACACCAUCACCUGAUCAUGACACAGUUAAUCAAGAUAAUUCACCAGUAAUAUGGGAUAUGAAUAUAUAUUUAUAUGAAGCAGCUCAUCAACAGAAUGUUAUGAUGAUGCUACAUGCAUUAGCACUAGGUGCAGAUAAAAAUUUUAUAAAUGAACAUGAUCAUGGGCGAACACCAUUAAUACAAACAAUAUUAAGUAGAUCAGUUGCGGCUGCUGAAUUUCUUUUAACAAAUAAUGCAAAAGUUAAUUUAGCUGAUCAGAAUGGAAAAACACCACUUCAUUAUGCUACACAAUUAGCAACUAAAGGACGAGGACCAAUUAUUCUUUUACUUAAACGUGGAGCUGAUCCAUUAUUAAAAAAUAACGAUGGAAUUGAUGCAUGUUCACUUUCAAUGGAUGUAGGUGAUCCAGAUGUUAUAACAUGGUAUCGUUUAGUAGCAUUACAUGAACAAAUGAAAGAAGAAGAUGCUGAUGCUGAAAAAACUUAUAUCUCAAUACUUGAUGAUCCUGUUUAUAUGAAAGAAAUAGCUAGGACACCAUCAUUUUCAUAA